ACACAACUAAUAUUCUAGCUAGUAAUAUUAAAUCGGUUGGUUCACAAUAUCUCAUGUGUUUGUAGUCAAUUGAAAGUGAAUUUAAGGUGUUAAAAUAAUUACAAGAUCAAAGAAAAAUAUGUAAUAAGCAUCGGCAUCAUGGUUUCUUUCUUUCCAUGUUCAGAGAUUUAUUUAUAUUAUUAAAUAAACAUUCAUAUAGAGUUUCGUCGUAAGACCACGCAAACAGCAUCUCCAAGAAAUAAUCACCUCAUAGUAUAAUAAAUAUAUUUAAUAAUAAUAUUUUUGCUCUUUCCAAUAGAACGAUUACAGAGUUUCCAUUUGAAAACAAAAAACAUAAUUUUGAGGUAAAAAUAAAAAAUCCUUCAAUAGAACAAUUUUAACUUAAGAUAUUUAUAUUGAAGUUAGUUGACGUUAUUCUUGGAUAAUUAGUGAAGAAAUGGUGGACUCAUCUUCAAUUGAUAAAAAUAAUGUAUCUAGCAUUCUCACUUCUAUUCACCUCGUGUUAUUCUCGUUGAUCCAUUGGAACGUCCACUUUUCCACAUGUACUGGUGGGGUUUGUCCAGAUCCAAAGUGGCUUGUGGUGGGUGGCGGUAUAAGUAGAGGCCUGGAAUCGCCGGCGUUCUCAUACCCUCACUACAUUCAUCUACUGUUACUUUUACUUUUUCCAAAUCUCCAACAAAAGUCACUGGCACACCCGGACCAACCGCGACCUUCCAUCCUCAUUCCUCCGUGUGUUCAUCAGUGAGUUAUCAUAAUGACCAUCAAAUGAAGUGCAGUUAAAUCACUAAAUCAUACAAUCUAAUCUACCUCUUCUUUAUUAUUAAAAAUUGAACAUUGAAUAUCGAUCGAGAGAGCGUAAAUCAUCAGUGAAGUGCAGAUAUGUGGCGGAAGAGUUUGACGUUAUUGUGCUGUACAGUUGCAAUUGCACUGUCUGAAGAUCCUAAACAGACACCAGAGUAUGUGAACAUCAGAUCUACACCAGGGGCUCUGCGGGCUGCUGAUACUUCAGACUUCGCAACCUCCCACAAGCUCCCAGAAGGCAUUCCCUACCCAGCGGACGACCCCGAGGACCCCCUGGACAGCCCAACCCGAGCCCAACAAAAACAAGAAGUGAUUCAACGCAUCCAAAAACUCAACUCCAAACUCGAUCUCCUGCAACCAGUCUCGCAGAGUCUGGACCCCCUGAAUUCCCCCAAUGACUCCAUUAACACGAAUUCAAAACGUCAAGCACGAGUCCAGCUGGAGACCUUCAGUUCCACUGGCUUCAUCCCCGAAGAGGGGCACAAACUGAGUUCUGGCUUCAGAAGACACGACGACGACAUCGAUGAAGACGAAGAAGAGUUCCCAAAAGUCCAAAAAUACCGACCAAAUACUCCAGACGAUGAUCUCCUCCCAGGAGUUCAAAUAAGCGCUGAAUACCCGACGACAAUGCAUCCAGUAUUAACUACAGAGCGUCAGCAGUACUCAAGGGCGUCCUUCGACUUUGUCCCAGUCAACAUAAUCAGGGAAGACAGCAAGGACAACUGGACACCAUUCGCCAACCGCAACUUCGAUGACCUCGGUGAUGUGAGUCUAGUUCCGGCUGGAUCAAACUCCCGGAUACAAAUAAAGAAAGGACCGAAUGGAAAAGAUUACGAGUACGAAUACGUUUAUUAUUAUUACGACGAGGAAGAAGAAGGCAAGGCAGGAGCUGCUAGCAGCAAUCAGGAGGGAAUCCGUACGACUCCAUCAUCAUCAUCAUCUCCAUCAUCGAGAAGGAGUGGAUCAUCCGGCAGGAGUAAAUACAGUUCUGUCGAUCGAUCGACAACCGUUGAACCCGUUAGCAAUGAAGUUCUGCCUAAUAGAGUGGGAAACAGGGGCAGGAACUUGGAGAACGAGGAGGUAAACGAGGAGAGACUACCCACGAAUACGAGGUUUCCACCAAGAUCAAGAUCCAAUCACAAUACUGGAACCACUGAGCCCAGCAGAAACAGGGGCAACAGGCCUAGGCCGAAUUUGGAUCUUGUGGAUUCUAGCAGUUUCAGGACUCAUCAGGAGGGACCUGAGUUCCCUCAGACCUUGCCCAAGGGACCUGUUAGGUUUCUAGGUGUCACUCCUAAUGAGAGUGGAGAAGGUGGAAAAGUUAGGGGAAGGCCACACAGAGUACAGGAACCUGCACCGGUUCUUGAGAGAGAGGAUGAAGGAAGGCGACGACCCGAUCCUGAACCUGCGGUCGAAGUAGAAUUAAAUCGUGGCCAGCCAUCCCGAGCUCCGGUAGAAGAGGAGGAAACCUCCACCUCUGCAGUCCUCAGGGAAGAGAAACUAGGUGAAGAGAAAAUGCUGGAGAGCACGACACUAGAUACCCCAACUACUGAAUAUCCAUCACCAAUGGACAAAGUUGCUCUCGACCUUUAUGCCUUCCUCCAGCAGGGCCAGAAUAACCUAGUGGACAGUGUGACCGAUGCUGAUGAUUCCAAUGAAAAUACCACUCUAGUUGACGAAGAUUCGACCACUAUCCUUCCUACAACAACCGAUGGUAAUCCAACUACUAUCGAUGCUAUAACAACUACUGAGGCUACUAUCACCUCCACAACAACUACAACAACAACCACCACCACAACGACUACAGAAGCUCCAACAACCCCGGCAUUACCUGGAAGAGGGAAAUUCAGGAGACCUGCAGCACCUGGUGGUGUUGGAAAUCGAAAUAGAUUCAAAUCUGGCGGUUCUUCGACAACAACAACAGAAAAUCCCUCCCCAGCUGAGCCAACUCAGAGGAGAAAUCGAUUUGGGGCUAGCUCAGGAGGAUUCAAGCGCCCCAGACCCGGAUCAAAGGCUCCUGCACAAGAGGAAGAAAUCCAAAAGGACUCAGCAAGCUCAACAAAUUCAGAGAAACCUGGAAAUGGAAGGAACAGGUACAGAGGAAAUGCCGCGAAGCCCGCAGUGUCCACGACAUCAGCCCCAGCAUCUCCAUCAUCAUCACCGUCUUCAGGGGUUCCUCGGCCUACUUUCAACAAGAUCAAUCUGAAUCGUCGGAGAGGCAGACCCACAGCUGCACCUCCAGCUGUCAAUGAAGAGAACCAGGAAGCUGGUGAGACUGCAGGCCCUGAAGGCCCCGAGUCAUCAACCACAGCGAAAUCACCGCUGAGACCUAGAUUACCUGGUGCUGGACCGAGACCUGUCAGGCCUGGAGCUAAAAUUAAUCUCAGAAGACCUGGACAACCUACGACAACUGCUCCACCUCCUGAGGUACAGGAGGGAACUCUUGAGGAACCUGCUGGAGAAGGAACCGAAGAAGAAACUCAUGAGACACCAGCAGAAACGAUUCCUCCCACGAAACACACGACCCAGAAUCCGUUGAACAAACUUCGCAACAGAAAUCGUCUACAAGUCCACCCGAAAACAACAACCCGAUCACCAUUGCCAACGGCCCCAAGGAAAUCACCACUUCUUCCACGUCGGAGAACUACAGAAGCACCAGUGGUGGAGUCUACCCUGGAGGAUGGAGGAACAGAGGGUAACGAAACACCACAGGAAACCGAAAUCACUGAAGCUGCAUUACCAGAAACUAGCACAGCUGCCAGUAGCAAACACGAGGAAAUCCGAGCUCGCACAGGAUUACUAGCUCCAAGACGCAGGAUAGCACCCCGACGUCCUGGACAAAUCAUCGGUCGCGAAUAAUUACAACAUGUAGAGAAUACCCGAGCAAAAUGAGACAUCCCGGCAAAACGGGCUGCGAGGACAAAAUGAGAGUCGUGGGGAAAUAUUCGAUCGUAAGAAUCCAUUAUUCAACAUUUCAAUUUUUCCACAAUUUUAUCACAUUUAACUCAUAAAAAAUGGAAAAUUCUCAGUAGUAAUAUCCCAAGACCUUCAAAAUUAUCGGAUAUUUCCCGAGAGUUUCCAUGCGUAGCAACGAGAGAGAUGAGUUUUGCGGGCUAAAAAUCUUUUUCUGCUAAACUUAUCCCGAUCGGUGAUACGCAGGGGGAGGGAAAUAUCCGAUUAAUUUUGAAGGUCGAGGUGUAUUCGGGUGGAUUAUUUUUUUCAUUCCAAUUUCAAGCAAUUAAAUUAUAAGUAAAACGGUUUUAUUAGGAUAUCUCAAUUUUCAAUUUUUUCAACCGGACAGUUUUGGGGCUCGAAACGCGUAAAAAUUGUUUAUCGGAUAUUUUCAUUGCUUAGCAACAAACGGGGAACUUUUCGAAAAAUAUCCGAAGUAAAACCGUUUUACUUAUACCAAAUUAAAAUUGAAAUUUUACGAUCAGAAGCAAAAAAUGAGCGAUUCAAAUUAGAUGGCGCAUUUUUUUUAAAUUUUGAAAAAUAAAAAAGUAAGAAAACAAUAGGAUAAUUAAAAGAAAAACUUAAAUCCGCAGAAAACACUCGAACACUUUUAAAAUGUUUCUCAAAAUUUUUUGGCGAAAAUGAAAAUGACUGGGAAUGAGGUAAACGCUUUUUCAUGAGUGUCCCAUUUUGCCCCGUAUCCUAUAACAGAAGAUCAAGUGGUAAUGACAGAAAUCAAAUGCAAAAAUCAUCUUGAUGCGAUUAUCCAGAGGAUGACUGAAUUCGAAAUAAAAUGUCAAGGCAUUUUUUGAAGAUAUUGAAUCUUUAAAAAUAAUAUACUUUGUUGAUUCCUCAUACACUCUCGAUGGAAUACGAGAAAAGACAUGCCUUGUAAGAUUUUUCUGCUAGAAUGGAUCAUUAUGCUGGGAUGAUUCAGCAAUUGAAACGCAAAAUCAAUUACAUUGACUGUAAUUAUUUCACUAAUUUUCUAACGACUUCGUUACAUAAUUGAAAAGAACCGUGGGAGUCGGAUGGAGAACUGGUGAUUGAAGGAAAUAAUUCUUCUUAAAGAAUCUCAGGACGGAGAAUGAAUGAGGAGAUGAAGGGAAAUUAAUGCUUGAAGAUAUGGGAAAUUAAUCUUCUUACACUUAUUGACAAUUUUUCACGAUCAAUUCCUUUCAAUAAUAGAAUUCUCGAAUUUAUGAAUUUAACAGCGAAGCGGUAAACUCGGAUAACUGGAUUUUGUUCGGCAAUAUCUCGGGAUUGAAGCAACACAGCGAAAUUUUUGAAUAAACAUUUUUUAUAGAAAAAAAUGAGAGCUGAAAAAAUGGUAUUUAUGAAAAUAUUGUUAUCUUCCUUGGAUCUCGAGAUAUUAACUGAAAACUCGCCUCGAAAAGAUUGCACUUAUUCUAGGGUUCUACUUCGCGCCACCAAUCGGGAAUAUGAAUUUAAAAUCGCUUGGUCAUUAAUUUUUGACGGAUUAGUAUUGAGGACAACAUUAUGUAAACACUAGUCUCAUAAUUGCACUUGAAAAUUUAAAAUAAGUGCCAUUUUUAUCAUCGACAGUGACCAGUGAAUAAGAAGUGAUGGAAAACUCUUUCAAUCAGAUUCAAAAAAAAUGUAGCGAAAAAUUUGAAGAGGAAAUUCAGUGGCAAUUGUUCCUCUGAUAAUUCACUAAUAUUCCACUAAUGAGGGAAACUAUUGAGAUUCAACGACUGCAUUCCCUCAAGUUUUUGUUUCUCUCUAUAAAUAAAAAAUUGAUCGAUUGAUUUGAAAAAAUAACUUGCACGUUUCAAUUGGAGUAAAAUGCAUUUUCAUAUUGUCUCAAAUUUUAUGUGAUGAUGAAUUAUGAUAAACGGUGAUGACUCCUAGACUAAACUUAGAACUCUAAUUACGUUUAUUUUAUUUAAUGAAGCAAUGUUUACUGUAAUUUUCUCCGAGUUGUAAUUGCAUUGAAAUUGUACGUCUCAAGUGUGUCCUCCAGUGGUAUACAAUGAUUUUGAUUUUUAAGAUAAGUUUAUAAAAAAAAUAUGUAAAUAUGCUUAAUAAAUAUCUGCCUAAGGAAUAA